GCAGUCCUGCCCUGGCCGCCAGGUGUCGCCAGCGUUCGCGCUCCCGAGCGACCGCUUCUCCAUGCGACAGUUUUCCAAGUGCCAACAUCAUCUCUGGAUGGACUGCGCAUGCGCACGACGAUCCCCAUUCUUGUCCUUCAGGCAGCAUUCCUGCUGGAGAGUGUUGAUAGAAAGGCAGAAAGAGGAGCGGUUUGAGGCCGCGGACUGAAGCUUUCCCCCCGAGCGGAGAGCGGGCGGCCCGGAGAGUCUGCGGCGGGAAAUGGACAACGCUGGACAGUGGCAGGAAGAAGACAUGGAUCCUUGAUCCAGCGACCCGCCCCCCACCAGAACCAGCCGCCCCCCAGCUGCUGUCCACACAUGCUGCAUUGCUGCCGCUCCCAGGUCCCCGCUGCGUCCGUCCCUCUAGAGUGAGCUACCGGCUGUUCCUCGGGUCCGUGACCCGGUCCGGUCAGAACCGGCGCGCCGAUGGAGCCCAGCAUGGAGAGCUGCUUGGCGCAGGUCCUGCAGAAGGAUGUGGGCCGGCGGCUGCAGGUGGGACAGGAAGUCAUCGACUACAUCCUGGACAGGGACAAGUCCCCUGACCUGGAGCAGGACCAGACGGCGCUGGACAAGAUGGUGGACGCCAUCGCCAGUUCCUGGGUCAACUCCAGCAACUUCAAGGUGAACCUGCUGGGCCUGGACCUCCUGUCGGCUCUGGUGACCCGGCUCCAGGACCGGUUCAGAACCCAUAUCGGAACGGUUCUGCCAAGCCUGAUGGACCGGCUGGGAGAUGCCAGGGACCAGGUGAGGGAGCAGGACCAGGUUCUGUUGCUGAAGAUCAUGGAGCAGGCCGCCUCCCCUCAGUAUGUCUGGGACCGAAUGCUGGGAGGCUUCAAGCAUAAGAACAACCGGACCAGAGAGGGAGUGUGCCUCUGUCUCAUCGCCACGCUGAACACGUCCGGAGCCCAAGGCCUGACGCUGAGCAAGAUCGUCCCGCACAUCUGCAGCCUGCUGGGAGACCCCACGGCCCAGGUCCGGGAUGGCGCCAUGAGCUGCCUGGUGGAGAUCUACCGCCAUGUUGGGGAGCGGGUGAGGCUGGACCUCAGCAAGAAGGGCCUUCCCCAGUCACGGUUGAACGUCAUCUUCAGCAGGUUUGAUGAAGUCCAGAGAUCCGGGAACAUGAUGCCGUCUUCUGGUUCUGAUAAAAACUUUGAGGAUGAAGACUCUGUGGACGGAGGCCGGUCCUCUUCAUCGUCCUCCUCCAAGGCGCCUCCUAGUGGACGGAGGGCGGUGGUGAGCUCUGUGAGAAGACCCAGCUCUGCUUCGUCCACCAAGUCCACAGGAAAGGAGGCGGCUGCUGGAGCCGUUGAUGAAAACGACUUUGUGAAGGCGUUUGAGGACGUCCCGUCAGUCCAGGUGCGUCCAGUUCUGAUCGUCUCCAUGAUAAGUCCCCCAACUGGACCUGAAAUUGUUCCAGAAAUUAUGGAACAGUUUAUUAACAAUAAAAGAUCACUUUGCUGUUUGAAGACCAUUUGCUACUAACAUAAUGAUAACUGCAAUAAUGCAAGUCAAUCGUCUCAUAGGUGAGGGAAACCUCAGGUGUGAUGUCAUCUGAUGUUGACAGGGAUGUAAAUAAACAGGAAGUAGCGGCUGCU